GACCAAAGACCAACUUGUUCUCUUCUGUGCACUGUGCAAUUUUAGUUUUCCUCAAACGAAAAUUUGAAAAAAUGUCGUCAAAGGACAGAAUUGCAAUUUUCCCCUCACGAGGAGCCCAGAUGCAAAUGAAAGCACGAUUGGCUGGUGCUCAUAAGGGUCACGGGUUGCUUAAAAAAAAGGCCGAUGCUCUUCAAAUGAGAUUUCGUAUGAUCUUGAGCAAGAUUAUUGAGACUAAAACUUUGAUGGGCGAAGUUAUGAAAGAAGCUGCUUUUUCUUUGGCUGAGGCAAAAUUUCUUUCAGGAGAUUUCAAUCAAGUAGUAUUGCAAAACGUUACUAAGGCUCAAAUUAAGAUUCGAACAAAAAAGGAUAAUGUUGCUGGCGUUACUUUGCCAGUAUUCGAGUCGUAUCAGGAUGGGAGUGAUACGUAUGAACUAACAGGUUUGGCUAAGGGUGGCCAGCAGAUGCAAAAGUUGAAGAAAAACUACCAAAGUGCCGUCAAGUUGUUAGUGGAGCUAGCUUCCCUUCAAACUUCCUUUGUCACUUUAGACGAAGUUAUUAAAAUCACUAACAGAAGAGUCAAUGCUAUUGAACAUGUGAUAAUUCCAAGGAUUGACCGUACUCUAGCCUACAUUAUCUCUGAACUAGACGAGCUUGAAAGAGAAGAAUUUUAUCGCUUGAAAAAAAUACAAGAUAAAAAACGUAUUGCCAAAAAGAAAGAGGAAGCUCGUAAGGCAGCAUUGCUAGAAAAAGGUAUCGACGUUCGAAAUCAGGCAAAUCUGCUCGACGAGGGGGACGACGAUAUACUGUUUUAAACAUUCGCACAUGGUGAACCGUUCACAGAUAUAAAACAAAAGAGGAUUAAACGGAAUAUAAAAAAACAGUAAAUGGUUUUGAGUAAAUUAUGAUAAAUUUAAAAACAUAUAUUGUAAAGUAACAUUGUAUAUUGAUGAUUGGAAUGUUUUUAACAUUGUUUAUUACAAGAUGUUAUAAAAAGAAACAUCCAGUUAAAAGAAGUACAUUUUUUCCAUAGGUUGGUGUAAACUAGUAAUGAAGCGAAAUCUGAAUAAAAUGCAUUAAGUGUACA